AUGGAGCUGGGAACGAACAUGGCCGCUAAGCUUGAGCCCUUUUUGAUUAUGUCCAAGGGCGCGAAGGGCGCGGCUGCCGCUAAGCUCGUCCAGGACGCCACUUCCGCACAUGGUGUCUUUGUGUUUGCUGAGCUCCUUGAGCAGAAAAACAUCCAAGAGCUAGCAACCCAUGAACAGCACUCGCAGAGCUACUCGUUACUGCAACUCUUCGCAUACAAGACGUACCAGGAUUAUCUUCAACACAAGGAUGCGUUGCCCGGUCUCAAUCAAGCUCAAAUUACGAAGCUCAAGCAUCUCUCGUUGGUAUCUUUGGCGAUGGAGAGCCGGAAAUUACCCUAUUCGCAGCUGCUAGAACAGCUGGAGAUGCCCACCAUCCGUGAGCUCGAGGACCUCAUCAUCGACGCCAUGUACCUCGAGAUCAUCAGUGGCAAGCUCGAUCAGAAGGAGCAGCAGUUUGACGUCGAGUACACGGUCGGUCGGGAUAUAGAGCCGGGGAAGAUAGAAGCGUUGCUAGCCUCACUCAAGAACUGGGCCGACACCACGUCCGCUGUCCUAGCCACUUUGGACGAGAAGCUUGCUGUGCUUACGGCGGAGGCCGCGCAGACGAAGUCGAAGCAAGAAGCCUACGACCACAAGUACCAGACGACGCUCAAGGAGGUGCUCGACAAGCAGAAGGAGGCUAAGGCGAAGCAGAGGGCCGCAGCCUACCCCGGCCAGACAGGCCUCACUGCGGCGGGUAUCGCGGAGAGGGACCGACAACGCGAGCGUGAGAGGCUUGAGAGGGAGGAGCAGGAGCGGCGACACAGGGAGAAGGAGCAGGGAAAGGGUAACAAUGAAGACUACGAGGACGAUGGCAAGGGGGACAGCAUGGAUGUGGACGAGCCCGCUGAUACCGGGAAGGGAAAGAAGAAGGCACCGCCGUCCGACGCAACUCAGAGGCAGCAAAGGAAACGCAACAGGCCGUGA